AAUUUGUAAAAUACUAAAACGGGAGUGGGGGUCUAAGCGCUUGUGUUGAGAUUUUGUGGAUAGUUUUUUUCCAAAAUUUUGUUUUAUUCCUAUUCAAUGUUUUACUUAUAAAAUAAAAAAAAUGUUGGUUCUUUUUGAAACUCCUGCUGGAUACGCUAUAUUCAAGCUUUUAGAUGAGAAGAAACUUAAGGAAGCCGAUAAUUUAUACCAUGCCUUUGAAACACCUGAAAAUGCUGGAAGAGUUGUGAAACUUAAACACUUUGAAAAAUUUGGUGAUACUACUGAGGCUUUAGCUGCAACAACAGCUGCUGUUGAAGGUAAAAUUUCCAAGAGCCUAAAGAAGGUUUUAAAGAAGUAUGUUGAUAAGGAUCUUCAAGAGCAACUAUUGGUGGCUGAUGCUAAGUUGGGAUCUGCAAUUAAGGAUAAAUUCAGUUUACAAUGUCUUUCAAACAGUGCAGUCCAAGAAUUGAUGAGAUGUAUACGUUCACAGUUAGACAGUUUGCUGUCAGGUUUGCCAAAAAAGGAAAUGACUGCUAUGGCAUUGGGUUUAGCACAUUCACUAUCUAGGUAUAAAUUGAAAUUUUCUCCAGAUAAAGUAGAUACCAUGAUUGUACAAGCAGUGUCUUUAUUAGAUGACUUAGACAAAGAAUUGAACAAUUAUAUUAUGAGGUGUAGGGAGUGGUAUGGUUGGCAUUUUCCAGAACUUGGCAAGAUAAUUACUGAUAAUGUAGCUUUUGCAAAAACUGUUAAAAUUAUUGGUACUAGAGAAAAUACAGCAACAUCAGAUUUGUCAGAUAUUUUACCUGAAGAAGUAGAAGAAAAAGUUAAAGAAGCAGCAGAAAUUUCAAUGGGUACAGAAAUUUCAGAGGAAGAUAUAUUUAAUAUUCAAAAUUUAUGUGACCAGGUUCUAGAUUUAUCAAAUUAUAGAGCCCAGCUCUAUGAUUAUUUGAAAGCUAGAAUGAUGGCAAUUGCACCUAAUCUUACUGUUCUAGUAGGAGAAUUAGUUGGAGCCCGACUUAUAUCCCAUGCUGGUUCUCUUAUUAAUUUAGCUAAACAUCCUGCUUCCACCGUACAGAUUCUUGGAGCUGAGAAAGCACUAUUUAGGGCACUAAAAACUAAGAAAGAUACUCCUAAAUAUGGUCUCAUAUACCAUACACAGCUGGUGGGACAGUCUAGUACUAAGAACAAGGGUAAGAUGUCCAGAAUGCUGGCUGCUAAAGCUGCACUGGCUACUCGUGUAGAUGCUCUUGGUGAAGAUGGAACAUUUACGUUAGGAGCUGAACAUAAGGCUAAACUGGAAUCUAGACUAAGGAUCCUUGAAGAAGGAAAUAUUAGAAGAAUAAGUGGUACAGGCAAGGCUAAAGCUAAGUUUGAGAAGUAUCACGGUGUCAGUGAAAUACAACAAUAUCCAGAUGCAGCAGACUCUACAUUACCAACUGCUGGUAAAAGGAAAAGAUCAGAAUCAGAAGGAUUUGGUCUCGAUGAAGGAUCUUCUCCAGGUCCAUCAAAGAAAGCAAAGAAAAUUAAGCGUGAAGUAGAAGCAGAGGCUGAGGAAACUGAAGAAACUCCCAAAAAGAAGAAAAAGAAGGCAAAACAGGAAAAAAUGGAUGAAAGUGUUAGAGAAGAAGUUGAAGAAGAGGUAGCGGAUGAAUCAAUGAGUAAGAAGAAAAAGAAGAAAAAAAUCAAACAAGAAGUAGAACAACAGGAAGAAGCAUCAGUUGAAACUGAGGCGCCAACUUCAGAGAAAAAGAAAAAGAAGAAGAAAAAGAAGCAGUCAGAAAGUGAAGAACAAUAAAUUAACAAAUUAUUUUAUCUUUGUAAAUAUGGUAUAAAGUCAAAACUGUCUAGCAUUCAAGUUUUUUUUUUAAUAAUAAUACAAUUACAAACUUAGACUUUAUAAUGUUAUAACAUCUACACUGACUAAAAAACUGUUCCACAAGCAAGUCUUCUGUUAUUGAACAGUAAGAUAAAUCUGUAGGAUAUUUCAGUGUUUCAAGAAAAAUGUAGAAAACGUUUUAUGUUUUUUAUAUAACUCAAUUCAUGAUAACCGUAUAAUGCAAGACUACUUUUUAAAUUCAUGAAAAGGCUUAUAUCAUUUUAUACUUACUUCAGAUUUUCUAUGGAUUUUAGGUAUGAGUUGUCAUUGAUAUAUUGUUUUAUGGGAUUUAUAGGCCGUAAUCUGAAAUUAUCUUCUCCUGGUCUUUAGUUUGCCACUGUGGCUGAUAUCAAAAGCAAUGCGCCAGCUAUCCUAAUUGAUUUCCAGAAGGCGGCUAAUCAAAAAAUAUAUCAUGAAGUAACAACUGCCUAUUGGUGUCGGACUCAUAGGGACAGUGGUAGCGCUAAGGGUCGUAUGCUGAAAGGCCAGGUAGACCAGGGUUCUGCCAAUUUAUAUUUGGGGGGGGGGGGGGGUACCAAGCUCAGCAAUGCCUAUACGUCUUGGAUUAUUAUUUAUGUUGAACAAAAUAAUUGUCAAAUUUUAUAAAUUGGGACUAGGCUAAUGCAUCUGUGUGAGAAUAGUAAUCUAUUUAGUUAUUAUUUUAAAUGGGCACCACAAUAGAAAAUUAUACUUUACAUUUGCUUUAACAUUUUGAUUUCCAAUCCGAAAAUCGUUUUCAAAAAAAUUAUGAAUGAUAACCUGUAAAUGCUUAUAAUUGGCAGUGGAUGGUGAUAAGAAUUUGAUAGUUAAUUUACUUGUCUUCUCUCUUACACGCAUUUGCCAUGUUUUGAGGAGAAAUUCUGAGGUGCUGUAUCAUCAGAUUGCUGUUGAUAAGAUAUCACAUAGUAUAAAAUAAUUACUCCAUUUAGUAAUCUAUACUACAUGUCAACCCCGAUUUACUUGGUUCACAGGCAUAGUUGGUUUACAUAAAGUAGUGAGGUAAUUCUAAUUCUGUUAUCCAUUUCCAAGUCGCAACAGCUAGUUCACAUUUACUGCUUUUUUUUGUUUUUGUAAGGUUUGCAUGUUGGUUACUAUGUGACACCUGUGCCUAUUUUGCGAGAUAUAUAUCUCUAUUUUUUGAAUAGAUAAAAUCGUUGAAUGAAGACUCUUCAUCUUGGUCACACACGUCAUAUUAUGCUAUCUAGCAAAAUAUUGAUGUUGUCCAAAUGUCUCUUGUGAUUAGAUCUGUUGUAAGUACUUACCUUGAUUUUAACUUUGUUUUUGAUCAGGAUCUACAAGAUGUAUUGAUUUUAGACCACUGUAGUCAUAUAUAUGUGCCGGGUACUCAAUAUAGGUUUCAUACUUUUUAUUUUUCUAUUUCCUGUUCUGUAAUCCUUCUAUCACUAGACUUCGAUGAAUUUUUCAUUUGAUUAAAUACCUAUUUUGAUUUUUAAUUCUUCCUAGUUUUUUUUAUUCAGUAUAUACUUAAACUCUCUAGCAAUUUUGAGGGUGUUUUGCAAAUAAAUAAGAAUGUUAAUGUUCUUAAAAGUUCAAUAUUUUUCUAAAUAUGUAAUAUUUUACAUAUAAUUAAUGAUAAAACGCUAUAUAUUUCUUUUAGAAUAUUUUUGUUAUAAUUGUUUUUAAUAAAUAGGAUUUAGACUU